CCAUUUGUAUGUUAGUUAUUUUAUUAAGUCCCUCACAUCAAACUCAUCUGUCAUCUUCUUCACCUCCAUUCACCAACUGCAGAAAUCUGAGACAAAUUACACAUUUGCCACUCAAUCGUUUUUUCAUUCAUCACCGUCAUGGGAUCGCCGGAGAACAACAUCACUGCCGAACAAAUUAUCCUCCGGUGGGACUCCACGGCGUCAGAAGACGCCAGAACACGUAUGAUCUUCGAACAACACGAUCGUCAAGAAAUUAUCCGUUACUUACAAGCCGUCGAUCAAAUCCAAACCUCCAUGAACUCCACAACACUUUCCGAUGGCGAGUCGAAGAAACUCAACAACGCAAUCCAGAUCGCCAUGGCUCGAUUAGAAGACGAGUUUCGCAACAUCCUGAUUACAAACUCGACUCCAAUCGAAACCGAACCGAUAACCGAAUCGAUUUCUCUCACUCCGAGAACGACUCCGAGAAACAGUAGUUUUCAUGCGUCACCGGAAAAUGAGAAUUCCGGCAACAGGAGAGAUGAAUCGAUUUCCAGAAUCAGUUCCGCUUCGUUUACAGAUCGUAACGAGCGGAGUGUAACGUUCGCGAGUUGCAGAUCUAUGAACAGCAUUCGCGAACAAGAUCUGUUACCGCCGGAAAGCAUUUCAGAUCUCCGUUCAAUCGCCGAACGCAUGAUCGCCGCCGGUUAUUUCAGAGAGUGUGUUCAGGUCUACGGAAGCGUACGGAAAUCCGUCGUUGACGGAAGCUUCAAGAAGCUCGGUGUUGAGAAACUCAGCAUCGGCGAUAUUCAGCGGUUAGAUUGGGAGGCGAUGAACGCGAAAAUCGGCCGGUGGAUUCGAGCUGCGAAAGUGUGUAUCAGAGUGUUGUUCGCUAGCGAGAAGAAGUUAUGCAGACAGAUCUUCGAAGAUCUCGGAUCAAUGGCUGCAGAUGAUGCGUGUUUCAUUGAAACGGUUAAAGCUCCGGCGAAUCAGCUGUUCAAUUUCGUUGAAGCGAUUAGCAUUAGCCGGAGAUCGCCGGAGAAGCUGUUUAAGAUCUUAGAUUUGCACGAUUCGUUACUCGAUUUGUUGCCUGAUAUUGAUGACGUUUUCGAUUCGAAACCGGCUGAAUCGAUUAGAAUUCAGGCACCGGAGAUACUCUCCAGGUUAGCUGAGGCUGCUAGAGGAAUGUUAUCGGAGUUCGAAAAUGCAGUUCUUCGAGAACCUUCUAAGGUUCCUGUUCCAGGAGGUACUAUUCAUCCGCUAACUAGAUAUGUAAUGAAUUAUAUAAGUUUGAUUUCCGAUUACAAGCAAACAUUAGGUGAAAUAAUAAUAUCUAGACCUACAACCGGAUCUAGACACUGUGAUGUAACCGCUCCCGAAAUGGAUUUUGAUGAGCUCGAUGAGCAACCGCCGUUGGCUCUCCAUUUGAUCUGGAUAAUCGCGAUAUUGCAGUUUAAUUUAGAAGGCAAAUCUAAGCACUAUAAAGACAAUUCUCUGGCUCAUUUGUUCAUUAUGAAUAAUGUUCAUUACAUUGUUCAAAAGAUCAAGGGGUCAUUAGAGUUAAGGGAGAUGAUUGGUGAUCAGUAUUUAAGAACUCUCACCAGGAUUUUCAGGCAGGCCGCCACAAAUCACCAGCGCGCGACGUGGAUUGGUGUCCUGCAUUGUUUGAGAGAUCAAGGAUUACACUCGACUGGAAGCUUUUCGUCUGGUGUUUCAAAGAGUGCGUUGCGAGAGCGAUUCAAGUCGUUCAAUGCGAUAUUUGAUGAAGUUCAUAGGACACAAGCGUUAUGGUUGGUACCCGAUGAACAGCUUCGUGAGGAGUUAAGGAUUUCGAUACUGGAGAAACUAAUCCCGGCUUAUAGAUCGUUUCUUGGGAGAUUCAGGAAUCAUAUUUCGGAUAAUUAUAUAAAGUACUCUGUUGAAGAUCUUGAGAAUGGUGUCUUGGAUUUGUUUGAAGGAUUAGCAGUUUCUCAGCAUUCUCGGAGAAGAUCACAGUGAAGGGAUGAUCAGGUUACUACUGUAGGAUAGCAUUCUUUGAUUAAUUUUUGCUCACUUCUCCCUUGUUGUUUGUUCAUCUAUUUAUUCAGAUUUUUCUUUCUGAUUGCCUUGUUAAUCUACAUGCAUACUGAUGAUAACUUCAUUUACACGUAACAUAACUUGUUUUUCUCAA